UGAAUCUUUAGAGCAAUUUAAGAGGGCGGUGAGAAAGUUUAAUAUCAACUUAGGGAGGAGUAUUUUUUUUCCAAGAGUGAAGGUGUUGUGUUGGGAUGAGAACUGUCCUUGGCAGAUAUACUGUGCUAAGAGGAAUUAUCCCCUGAGAUAUCAAGUGAAAACAUUUGUGAACGAGCAUACUUGUUGCGUGCAUAAUCGGUCUGCUAAUGGAAAGUGGGUUGUAGAUGAGUUGGAGCAGCAAAUUAGGGUGCAGCCAAUGAUGACUGUUCGAGAGGCUAAGGAUUACUUUAAGAAAGAGUAUGAUAUUUUCUUGAGUGAAAGAAAAAUUUAUAGAUUGAUGGCAAAGGCAAAAUAAAGAAUUGAAGAUAGUGAGAUAGCACAAUAUGCAAGACUCCGAGAUUAUGCCAUAAAAAUUUUAACUACCAACCCAGAAUCCACUGUCAAUAUAUGCACCACACCAAUACCAGAUUCAACUGUGUUGUUCAGAAGAAUAUAUAUUUGCCUAGAUGCGUGUAAAAAGGGCUUCCUUGCUGGAUGCAGACCAUUUAUUAACUUGGAUGGGACCUUCUUGAGAGGAUACUAUGGUGGACAACUGUUGACGACUGUUAGUCAAGAUGCGAAUAAUCACAUUUACCCCAUCGCAUAUGCUAUUGUGGAUUCGGAAAUCAAAGACAACUGGAAAUGGUUUCUUCAACUUUUGCAAGAAGAUUUGGGUGAUCAGAGGAAUAACUAUUGGACAUUUAUGUCAGAUCAACAAAAGGUACAACAUUUAAAGUGUUUAUACAUUUUCUUGCAUAUAAACAUGUCACCUGAAAUCACAAAGUGUUUAUACAUUUUUUCAGGGUCUUAUUCCAACUCUAGAAGUUAUGCCGGGGGCACAUCACAGGUAUUGUGCCAUGCAUAUAUGGCACAAUUUCACCAAAGCACAGACCUCAAGGUUACAGUUUGGGUGUGUGCAAGGAGCACCACCCCCAAGACUUUGCAGCAGCCAUGACAACAAUCAGAAAACUAAACGCACAUGCUUGGGAGUAUUUGAGCCGCAUUCCACCAAAACAAUGGUCAAGAUCCCACUUUAGUGAAUAGCCAAAGGUGGAUAAUAUUACCAACAACAAUAGUGAAAUUUUUAACUCUAAGUGUAAGAAUUUUAGGGGAAAGCCAAUCAUUACCCUCCUGAAAGAGAUAAGGUGUUAUGUUAUGAGAAUCUUGGCUAGAAAUAAGAAGGAGUUGAGGGGAUACAAUGGAUGGCUUUGUCCAGUACAACAGAGUAGAUUGGAAAAAAAUAAGAAAGAUAGCAGUAGUUAGAGGCCAUUCUGGACAGGGGAUGAUGCUGGAAAUAUCUUUGAGAUUCAAUGCUUACCUAUGAAAGUAAGUGUUGAUCUCAGAAAGCAUACUUGUACUUGUAGAUUAUGGCAGCUCACUGGCAUACCCUGUAAGCAUGCAUGUGCAGUAUUGGCACAUCAAAAUAGAAGGGCUGAAGAUGUUGCACACACGGCUAACAAUUGGUGCUUACAAUGCAACAUACCAAUUUUUGGUUCAGCCGGUGCCUAAUUAAGAAUAUUGGCAACAGCUAGACACUAUACUAAUUUUGCCUUUACAUUACAAACGGCCUAUCGAGGGGCCCACUAAGAAGAGAGACACCACUAGGGAUGCUCCCAAAGUUAACCCAGACCCUUACAGGACAAAGAGAAAAUAUGGUCAAAUAAAAUGCAAAUAUUGUUUGAAGGUUUGUGAAAUAUUGUUCACCAUAACAAUUGUUAGGGAUAUUUGUCUGUGAAUAUUUGUGUUGUAAACUAUUAUAAAAUCUCAAUUAUUAUACAGGAAGGGAACAAUUUUAGAAGUUGCAAGGCUAAAAAGGAAGCCAUGGCAGCAGCUGCUACUGUUGCAGAUGCUACAGCACAUGGUCAAAACUUUUCUGCAGCAACAAUUGCACAUGUACCAGUACCACCUGCUUAUGUAGCACAGGAUGAGGAUGAUGAAAGACUGGCUGAGAUGUAUUGGGAGGAAACCUUAGAGGAUGCAGAGACAGAGGCAGCCUUGGAUGCUGCAGCAGCUGAAUUUGAGGCAUCUUUGGGUGCUGGAACCCAACCACAGGCCACUACCACAUUGAAUCCAUCUCCUAAUAUACCACAUAUACCGCAAGUACCACCACCAAUUAGGCCACCAACCACAAAAAUAAAGAGAACAAAGAGAUCCACCAAGAGGCCUCCUCCAUCACAAGUUCAGACCCCUGUGACUCAGGCUCCAACUUUGAACACUCUUCAGCAGCCAUCCAAUGCAUCUGUUAGGCCACCUACUGUGUCCCCACAUACAAUGCAAUGAGCCAGUGCAGGCACAACUUCCAGGUUUGUACAGUUUAUGCCAACACCAAAAUCACACCUUACACCAACAUGGCCAGUUCCUAGAUUCAAACCACCCAGACCAUUUACUACUAUGCCAGGCACAGUCUAUGGAUUAUCCAGUGGGAGCAGCAACUCAACACCAAAUAAAAAUAAAUUGAAAAUUUUUAUCUUUUUUGAAAUCUAUAUUUAUGUAAUUUACCUCAAUACUUUACUGAUAAGGAUCAGUUAUGUUUACUAUUUUUAUUUUGGAUUAUCAUGUCAUGUUCGUAUGCUACAUACAAUACUUAAACAGUUAUUGAUGUACCUUUUUAGAACCUUAUGAAUGC